CCACGCAUAUAAUUGAAUUUUAAUUAGCCUUUGGAAUAAUGAGUAGUUAAUGGCUUUAAGCAAAGUAUUAAGUUUCAGUUCUACCUAAAACUCGUGUCGACGCCGUUGUGAAAUCUGCAUCAUAAGCUAAGAUGAACUUCCAGUGUAGUAUGAUGAUAGCAGGUGUUAUAUAUUUAAUGUUUUUUCCAAUGCAUUCGGUGGAAAGUAGUCGUAUCGAUUUUACCAAUAUAAAAUGUACUUCAGUGAACAAAGAAUUCAGUGAUUUUGAAUAUUGCUUUCUAAAGGCUACGAAUCGCACUUACAAAUACCUAUCACUCAAGGUUCGGCUUUAUAAGAUACCAAUACAUCAGUUUACGGUGAAUCUGGGAUUGCACAAGCGAUCAAAUGGCCUAAUGCCCUUUAGCCAAAAUGUCACCUUUGAUGGCUGCAAGAUGGUCGCAGAUCUUGGAAAUCCCUUUGUUUUAUUUCUUUUUGCCUUAUUUAAGCCCUACUCAAACAUCAACCAUUCUUGUCCGUAUACGCAUGACAUUAUCGUGGAUAAGCUGCCCACCCACUUUGUGAACCAACAGUUUACUAGAUAUGUACCAUUUCCCGAGGGCGAUUAUGUAUUUAAUAGCAACUGGCUUACAAAUGGCAAAAAUCGAGCCAUUGUAAGGGUCCACUUUUCGUUUACUUAAUGUAAUAAAAUAAACGGUAUGAAUUGUGUUUUUAAUCUUGGGAAAAAUGAGGGUGAUCUAUAUUAUAUAUAAAAU